ACCUAAGUGAACCCUCCUACGCCUCUAAGUGCUCGGGACUGAUAUAUGGCGAUAUCUAGUAGGGCAUCACGUGCUCCUGGGGAGAGACUAAGACGGACAGCGCGUCAUCCUGCCUUCCCAAAUUUUUCCCCCUCUGCAGAUCGCCUCCAAAACAUCUAUCUAUAGAGCCAGAAAGGGAGAAAGAUGUUUAACUCGGUCAACCUGAGCAACUUUUGUUCUCAAACGCGCAAAGAGAGGAGCACAGACUUUGGAGACCGGGCAGGCUGCACUUCCAACCUGUACCUCCCCAGCUGCACCUAUUAUGUCCCCGAAUUCUCCACUGUGUCCUCCUUCUUGCCCCAGGCCCCCUCUCGACAGAUCUCUUACCCUUAUUCCACUAACCUUUCCCAGCCAGUGCGGGAGGUCUCCUAUGGUCUAGACCCCUCCAGUAAAUGGCACCCUAGGAGCAAUUACGCCUCUUGCUACCCUGCAGCUGAGGAUCUGAUGCACAGAGAGUGCCUCCCUCCUUCUUCCAGCAUGACCGAAAUGCUAAUGAAAAACGAAAGCGUGUAUAGCCACCAUCACCACCACCACCACCAUCAUCACCCCAGCGCCAACCAUCCCUCCACAGGAUUUUACACCAGCAUGAGCAAAAACACAGUGCUGCCACAGGGAUUUGAUCGCUUCUUUGACAAUGCGUACUGUGGGACUGAGAACCAGACAGAGGACUGUGCGCCAAAGGGCGAUGGCAAGCUGGACAGUGACCCCCAAGCCAGUGCUCUGCCAGCCGGAGGGGACCAAGGGCUGGACCCAGAAGACGAGGAGGAAAAUACCAACCCGGGCUCCUCCGCCUCAUCCUCGUCUGUCAACAACAAGGAGCCCAGCAAAGGCAGCAACUCCAGUGCCCCACGUACAAGAAAGAAGAGGUGUCCUUACUCUAAAUUCCAAAUCCGAGAGCUGGAGAGAGAGUUUUUCUUCAAUGUGUAUAUCAAUAAAGAGAAGAGGCUUCAGUUGUCUAGAAUGCUGAAUCUCACUGAUCGCCAGGUUAAAAUAUGGUUUCAAAACAGGAGAAUGAAAGAGAAAAAGCUCAGUAGAGACCGGCUGCAGUACUUUUCUGGGAAUCCAUUGCUGUGAACUUGCUGCCUGAACCAUUCUCAUGCACUGUACUCGCCUGAGCUGAGUGUCCUACAGAGGCUCCUGGAAACAUGGCUGCAUUCUGAGGCUUCAGAGUCUAAAGCCCUUUCUGUUACAUAUUUCUACAUGUACAUUAUUAUUACCAGGUAACAGAAGCAGCUAGGUGAGGAGAACUUGGUGCCACUAAAACCACGAAGGGACACAAAAAAAAGACAUUUUUUUUAUUUAAGUAACUGUUGGAGAAAUGGAUCUUUUCAUUUUCCUAGAUCAUUGACUUAAGAAAGCCUGCAGCUGUGAAAACAGUCUUUAUUCAUGCUAUUAUUUGAUAGACAUUGAGGACGCGCCAAUCACAAUGAAGACAGUGGCUAAAGUUUCCAUGAAUCGCGUUAUUUGUAUUGGAAUGGAUGUGUGCUUAUGAGUGUCAUUGGGUGUGUGUAGACGUAUAAAUGCCUGUUUUUUUGUGUUUUCUUUUGUUAUGUAUCCCCUUUUUACGCCUUCCAUUUGGGAUAUUGAAUCCUAGCACAGAAACCAGCCAUGUAUUCCUUCCUAAACUGUUGUUAAAUAAAUCUUGUAUUACACUCAUAAUAAGUGACAAUUAACAGACAUGUUGUCUGCGUUUGUACGCUGAAGUAAGAAGGGGUUAAAUCAUUCACAAACUGACAUGACAUUCUGGCAUGUGGCCACACAUAUGUAUCCAUAUGCUGAGUGUGAGAGCAAUAGUAUAAGAUUAAACUACACCAUGCUAAUACAUAUGUAGAUGUGUAAAUCAAAUGCACAUUUUGAUAUACAUGUAUAUACUUGAAUGGACUUGGUACAAAGCAUCUCUCUCUCUCUCUCUCUCUCUCUCUCUCUCUCUCUCUCUCUCUCUCUUUCUCCCCGCCUCUCUCUCUCUCUCUCUCUCUGUAUAUAUAUAUAUAUAUAUAUAUAUGUGUGUGUGUAUAUAUAUAUAUAUAUAUACAUACAUAUAAACUCAGCAAUAUGAUACUAAUUAAUUGAUUUGGUCCAUGCGUGUGUACAGCGUUUGAGUGUGAGAGCGAGUGAAUGCCAUGUUAUAUAUAUUGUAAUCGCCAUUCUUAAGCCCCAUGGGGGUCACUGUGUUAUGGGAGGAGCUGUGGAUUCUAUAAAUGCCCCCAUAUUGUCACAAUUAUAUCCAGGACGGAUUGUGGAUCAGUGCAAUACUGUACAUCAGAAUUUAACUUUCGGUUAGUUUGACCCAAAGAUCGUAGUUAUAACUUGUGACUUAUUUUCCCAUUGUAUUUACUCCUUCUCAUAACUGCAGAGAAAAAAGUCCUUUUUUUAUUUUAUUUUUUAUUUAGGGAUGUGUUCUAAUUUAUAUACAGAUUUAGACUGGGUUACAUUUUAAUUAGGGAUCGACCAUUGUAAUACACAAAAGCACAAAUGUUUCAUCUAAGGUAUACAGGAUCAUAAAUAUGUUAUUAAUUAUAAAACAGAAAAAAAGCGGGUCUAACCAUAGAUCAGUUUGUCAAUGAAUAAAGACUACAAGAUAUUGGUAAUGUUACAUGCAUGUAUCAUUCUGUAUAAAAUAAAUAAAUGGCACCUCUUUUUAAACACUGCUAUUAAAAGUAUCAUUGCAGCUCACAUGUGGUCGGCAGGACAGUAGUCUAAUGUCAGUGGCCCCUAUGGGGCACCUACCCUACCGGAGGUUAACAUAGACAGCCCUUGUCUUGUGGCUUAUACUGGAAUUUCUUACAAUACCAUUAUUUAUUUUAUAUGGGAGAAGGAGAAAUGAUCUCAGAACUUCACUAUAUGCCAAAAAAAUAUACAAAAUUGCAUAGCAGAAAGUAUCGUCGAUUGCAUUCAGUAAAACGAGUUGGUAGAUGACUAGGUCAUUGUGUAAAUGUACAAAAAUUAUGUU